UCGGUAGUGUGUGUGUUUCUCGGCUCAGCGCUCCUGUAGGUUUGUGGAGUUUGAGGCUUUGGGUGGAGAGCUGAAGAUCAAACUUUGACAUCCUCAGAUUAUCACUCUGUAUCGAUCAGGAGAUCCAGGAUCGAUCAGGCCUGACCAGAUGAGCUCAGAUCGAUGGAUUAAAUGAUCGGCUGUGGGUGAGGUGAGUGAUUCUCGGAACAAACUUUCUGCUGCGUUUUUUCGUUUCUGCUGCUUCGGGAGUCAAACUUGUUUUUGCAGGAUGUUGGUGUGAAAUUGAGCAGCUGUGUGACCCCUGACCCCCGCUCCAACUGUAGGAAUAACUUUAUUUAAAAAAAAAGACAACCGACUCAUUAAAGUAUCGGAACUCUUAGGGUCUUUAUAAGAGCGGAUUAUUCAACCCCUGAAGUUUAGAUGGAGGUAAAACUGAAGAUAGUCGAUGUUUAGGCAGGUUAAAUCCCAUCGUGGUGUUUCUCUGACAUUAAAACACGAAACUGCUUUUUCCAGAGCAGUGGGAUCAGCAGAGGACGGUGAACGCAUCUUUGGGUCCUUCCUCAAAUAUUUUAUUACGUCCUCUUUUUUUAUUUUCAUGAUGAAAUGAUUUCAUAAAAAAAGCAACAAUAUAAUGAAUCAUUGCAUAAUAUCUGUGUAAUCAAGACAAACGGUGAUGUAACUCCUGACUUAUAAUCAAUAUAUUUAAGCAACAAGAACCAAGAUUCAGUUUGAGAAAUUCAAGGAGAUCUCAAUUCAUCAUUAAAAGGUUGUCAUUAUUUAUUAAAUGUUGAUGUCAGGUGCUUUUUUAACAUCAAUCCACAUCAGCGGCAAACAUUUUUUUCGUUCUCGAAAACGGCUAAUCGGCGAUGCCCACUUUUACAAAAAACUAAAUUUAUUUGUUGUUUUUUUUUAUGUUAAUUUGAUGUUUAGGGACCAAGCUAGGCUUUCAAAGACUGUUGAUUUAGUGGCGUUAACAAACCAAAAAUAUCUUGGAAUUUGGCGUGUGCACUAGGGUGGUAAACAAAGUCUAUGAACAGGUGAAAUGGUGGUAAAAUGUUGACAGGAAGUUCACUUUUUGAAGGAACUGGCAGUAAUCAUGCUGCGUUUGAGUUACCUCAGAAGUCACAUGUCGGAGCUGAAAAUGACGUCACUCCUGAGUUACCAGCAUUUCAGUUACCAAGUCGGAAAAAAGGAAAAUUGGAUGGCUACAUCUACGAUCAAAUCAAAUCAUCCUUGUUAUAUUCGGACAAGGCAAGCGCUAAAAAAACUUUCAUAGAUGUAGCCAUCUUGUUUCAGGCCUCCGAUUUUGCUUUUUCCGACUUGGGAACUGAAACGCUGGGAACUCAGGUGUGACGUCAUUUUCAGCUCAAACAUCUGAUUUCCGUGGUAACUCGAACACGUUACAGAUGAUUUUCUGACUUGGAGUUCGGAAAUCCCAAUUUCCGAGUACGACUGGAUCGCAGCAUAAACCUGAGUAUUCAGUUAGAUUUAAACCUAAUCACAGUGCCCCCUAGUGGCAGCAAAAAUGACACGCUUUCCCUCUUUAAUUCAUAUCUCAGAGAGAGUUGAACGUAUCUGCAUCAUUUUUGUUCAGCAUAUUUUGAAGAUGUUGGUCUUGGUGUGUGCCGGAUUUACUCAUGAUGGUCUCCUAGCCUGAAAACAUCAUUAAAUAUAUAUUUUUUUCCAAAAACACAGCCCCACCUACUGGCAGCAGGAAGUGACCUCUUUAAGCUUUAAUGAAAACUUCUUUCUCCCUCUUUUCUCAGACAUGGAGGGUGUGUGUGUGUGGUUGGUGGGAGUGUGUGCACUAAGUUUGUGCAUCAGAGCCCACACUUCAUCGGAUAGAAGUGACCCCGCCCACCUGGACCACCAUCACCAUCACCUGGUUUCAAACAGCGACACGGCCUCAGGUAGGACGCACAUACCAGCAAUCAUCCCAUCAGCCUCACGUCAAACUUCAGACUCACCCCCAAUUUCCACCGCAUCCGGAACAGCUACGAAAAGGCUGUAUCCGUUGAUCGUAGCUAAUAGUAACCAUUAAAGUUAACGUGCUGGAGCAUGCUGGAUAAAUUCAGCACAGAUUAAUCCGUGCUGGAAAGGAAGUCAGGCACAGACACAAAAUAAAACAUCCGGCUUUUUUUCAAAAUAAAACACUCUAUGUUUGAGGCAGAUAGUAUUUCACACCAUGCAAAUGGGUGGAGACGAACAAGUCAAAGGUUUCAGACGUCAUUUCACCUCGUGGACACCAUGGACGAGGAGAUGCUGAUUCUAGAAGUCUAGAAGUAGAUUUCCUCCUCUGGAAAGUUACAAUCUACUGCUUUCAUGGUUAGCCUCUGUGGCUGUCUUUAUAGAUACAACUUGUUAUCGCGGGAUUGCACGUGAAACCGUGGGUUCUUGUUAGUUCUUGUGAUUUCUGCUGUCUGUAAUCCGCCAUGAAAUUCACCUCACCAAUGGAUCCGGUAGGAAUUGGCAGAUGGCAAAAAUCACCGCCGUUCCGGAUCAGAGAAAAUUGGGGGUAAUGGAGAAAACCUGCAAACUUUAGACAGAUCUGAGGUGGACUGUAUGAAUCCAACCAGGCCUAUAACUGAUAACCAUCCCUGUAAUCAUUAAUCUAAUAUCAGCUUUGUGAAUUUAUGAGUCACUGUUCAUUCAUCAGUUCGCUCAUAGUCAUCAGACGCGACAGUUUAAAACUCUGACAUCAGACAGAAACACGUCAUCUACUGAAAACUUCUGUAACUGUCCCAGGUUUGGACUUGAAGUGUCACAUCCAGACAGGAAAACACGAGUUAAUCUGCAGUGUGUUUGUGUGCUGCAGAGACGGCGUUGCAGUUAGCCGUUAGCUGCUAACCACAGCUUCCUGGGGGUUAAAAGUCGGUGAUGUCACAGGAAAUGUGGUGACAGAAACAGAUAUGUGUGGAGGAGGUUUGAACCCUCAGAUGUGACAGCCAACAGGAGGAGGGCAGAGUGUCAAUGUGUGAGUUCUCUCGGACUCUCAGCUACUUAAUCAAAUCAGGAAAUCUGCUAAAAGUGAGACAAACAUGCAAACAGAGAAAUGUUCACAUAGAUCCUCAUUUGAAGUUCUGAAUGAGUUUAUUGUCUCACCAAUCAUUUACUCAACGAAGGAAGAACAGCAGAGUUCAGACUAGAGGAGACCUGCUGAGGAGACAAACUACAUUCAGUCUGUGAGAGGUUCUGAUCCUUUGAACUUUGUCUAAUUUCUUUAGCAAAGAGACUAAACACAACUCACCUACUCUCUUCCACCAGUCGCUUGUUUGUAGCGAGACCUCAGGCCAGUCCAUAACGGACUACAGCGGGGUGACGCAGCUAAAGGAAGAACAUUUAUGAUAAUUUCUUCAUGGAAAUACAAUCAAGGCAGAAGAACUACCACGUCUGCAGUGCAAAAUGAUUAAAAUGGUGAUUAUUACUUCAAGGAAAUGAUAAAAAAAUUAUCAUAAAUGUUCUUCCUUGAGCUGUGGCACCCCACAGCAGUCAAUGGACUUGCCCUGAGGUCUCGCAACAAAAAAAGUUGGUAUAACUAGAGAAACAAGCGGUCGGCAACAUUCAUCUCUCAAGGGGGUGUCUAACUCAGUGUUAUGGUGUGUUUGACCAUAGCUUCAUUUUACGCCGGAAUAUCCUGACGAAUUUCACAUCCUUUUGGGAGAUCAUUGACACAGUAUCCUCCCCUCCAGAUUGUCCAGACUCCAGAAUCUGGUCUCCUGGGUUGUUUGAUGAGAAGCGGUACCUGUUUGAGCCAUUUUAUCUAUAUUAUUUUUUGGGGGGUUUUGUUUUGUUACUCGCACAGUCAACACAAGGGGCACUAAAUGCUACAAAAGGAACAAAGGUGAAGAAGUGAUCUGGGGAAUGGGAAGAGCACACUGUUUUCACUCUCGUCACAGACUUCAUCAUCGUAGAUAGAUGGACGUAUCUUUCUUUUUUGUUUGUUUUUCAUUGAAUCAAUAAAUAAUUCAACAACAACCUUGGAUUGAACGUUGGAUUGAACUAGAAGUGCGUCAAAAACACCUCACUCCCGCACCCAGACAUAGUCACUGCAGUACCUCCUAAAACCCUCUUUAAGACUUUAUGGUUGGAUUGUCUCCUUUAAAUGAAAUCGUCCAAACAGGAAGCUGGCUGUGCUCCGAUAGUCGUGUUGAGACAGCGUCUGUCGCAUCUGUACAGUGUAAGAGCAACUGGUUUAUCCAGAUACUCCUCUGUGUGCCUCUCAUUAUUCCUGUGACGUGUUUUGGGGUUAAAGAGGUGAGGAACGACGUUUUUGGACAUUUGUAGCCUUGGUCUUGGAUGUUUCCGGGACACGUUGAUAAAAACAGAUUGUCCCGCAGAUAUGCUUCUCCUCGCUCUGGUGUUUGAGCGCUCAUGUUUCUGCGUUUUCUCUCCGCUGUCUCACAAACAUCUGCUCCGCUCCGUCGACUCUGUUCAUCCUCAAACUCCUCGACCUUUAAACUCUGCCGCUCAGAUUACACAAUAACCGCUGCCGUUCACAGCACUCAUUAUAUCAUUAUUCUUUAUGUUAAAGUUAUAUUAUUACAACUUUGCAAAACUAUCCUCCUAAAAACCUGCCACAGAAACCUCAAACUUCCCUUCGCGUACAAACACAAGACAUUAAAACGCAGGAAAUCUUCUUCAGAGUCUUUGGAUGCUCGUGGUUUGUCCUCAUCACUGUUGUGGUAGAAUUCAACCAUCAACAUCAGGAUCCUCGCCACUGUUGCUAAGCUUUGAUCACCAUGACAACCUCUGAUUGGUGUCAGUUGAUGCAUACAGGGUCACGACCUUCCUCCGUCUCCUACAUCCUCAUCUCCUCUGACCUCAUCCUCCUCAGUUCGGUGCAGCGAUAUCUUCAUGAUGUUCCUGUGUUUAAAGGAGAAGCGUUGAAGAAAUGCAUGGCGGGAAUCGCAGCCUGAUGUUGCGUGUUUGACUUUGUCUCGUCCUUCCUCUUGUUUAAUUCUAUUAUCUCAGUAUUUUGAUCCCCCCAGCUGCCGGCGGUAAUCCUCGGGCCGCCCGUACCUUGCUCUCUUCCUCUGUGGUGUCUGAUCAGACUGAGAACUUAAUCUGGAGGACAGAGACUGUGGUCCUCCUGCAGAUACCUGUGUUUAAUGUUUUAAUCUGGAGGUCAGCGUCGGGUUUCAGCGCUGCAGAGUGACGCGUUUUAAGCCACAGGCGACUCAGAGACAGCUGAGACCACCACCCCACCCAUCAUUUCAAAUACUCGGCUCGUCCACAGCUUUCUGAACCCACACACACAGCAAGCUGACUGACGUCUUUUUACGUCUGUGUAUUUCCAUGAAUAUCAGAUCCUGUCAGCAAAGUAACAUGGUGGGUAAAAGUGACAGAAUCCUCAGACAAGACCGGACAUCUAAGUCUACAAUACUGUUGUGGGAAUUCAGUGGAGGUGGUUAAAUCCAGCAUCCCUGAUGGUGUGGAGAUCACCAGAGUCAUGGUCAUCUGUGAAGGCUCCAUGAAAGGGAUAUUCCAGCUUAAAAUUAAUUUAGGGUCAAACACACCAUAACACCGAGUUAGACACCCCGUCUAGAGAUGAAUGUUGCCGACCGCUUGCUUCUCUAGUUAUAUCAACUUUAGUAACGACUAAGUCCAGAAUGGGACAUGAAGUUUGGUUGUGAAGUCUUUGGAGUAUUUUCUGUUAAAUUGAGUCUUUAAACGGUUUACGGUGGUUCGUGUCUUUAUGAACUUGAAGGUUUGAAUCGUCAACAUUUAUUCAAACAAUCAUUAUAGAUAACUGACCUGACAGAGAAAAAUCAGGAACAGAUGAUGCAAAAAAAACCCUCUCAUUUUUAGGAACACAGACACAGACACACACACACACACACACACACACACACUGGGCAAUCAUGCAGAGACUCUCUGGAGGCUGAAAUGACCAAAUGUAGGCAUGAAUCAAGUUCGCACUCUGUGCAAUGUGUUUAAAUCCGCUGCGUUACCAUGACAACCACAGCUUCAGAUAACCGAUUUGAUGGAUGACUGUGGAUGUUAGCCGCUAACUGAGGCUAACGGGAAGACUGUGCGGGGAAGAAACAUGAUGGUUGAUCACGCUAUGAAGAAGUCGUCACAAGAAUUCAGAAGUAAAAAUACGACCCCUCAGAAAAACAUUCACAGAGGUCAAACUGAGCAUGUGCAGUAUGAUGUCAUCACCUCUGUUUUUGAUUAGAUGAGGACAGUUGGUUGCAUCUGUCCCCAGUCUCCCCUAAAUUACUUUCGGAAAAGUUUUAUUGUGACUUUAAGUGGAGUAGAAGAAGUCCUCUCUCUCUUUCUCUCUCUCUCUCUGGAGUUCAGAGGAGCAGAGCUGUGAUGUGUCUCCGUCCCUCCACCCAAACAAAGAUGGCAGCCUGAAAAAAUUGAUGUUUAUUCUAAGUGUUGCUGUUUUUGGCUCGAUGGACGGGGGGCUACGUUUGUCACAGAGAGACAGUGUCUCAGAGAGGAGACGCUCAGAGGUUUUACCUUCAGCACCGGCUCUGCGGUGAAAUGUGACUUUACUAGUUUGACGCUUGUAAAAUCAGGUUUCUUUACAGAGUUAUUAAAUCUGAACACUGAGAUAGAAACUAGACUGAAAUUUUGAAGAGCUGUUUGUAAAGAGUGAAACUUUUACUACAGAGGAAGGGUGGGUGUGGAUGAUGGCAUCAUAGGCAUAGAGGUGAAUUUUACUUGAAUAUCCUUACCCAAGUCAUUUGUGAAAGAAAGAGAGCAGAACAGGUCCCAAACUAGAGCCCUGGGGGACACCUUCAGUGAUCUUACGAAAAUCAGAUUUGUGGCCUUUUGUGUAGAUGCACUGAGCUAGAUCUGCAAAAUAGUUUCUGAACCAGUUAAGUCUUGAAACUUAGACCAGCAGUUUUUAGUUUGAGUAGCAGCAAGUCAUGAUCUACCAAGUGAAACGGCUCCAACAGAUCUACAAAUAAAGAAGCAGGAUGUUGUUUUUUCUGUUCAGAUCUAAACUCAGAUCACUGAAAAUAUGUACAACAGUGUUCUGACUAGUGAAAUGUGUUUGGCACAGAAAGUACUGAUGGGAAAUCCAAAUUGCACAUUUUAUAAUGUAAUUUGUAGUGUUUUAAAAGUAUGCGCUGCACAGAAGACAAUUUGCACUCCAGAAAUAAAGGGUACUGCGCAGUAAGACGUUAAAACUGCACCUGGAGAAAGAAAGUUUGCGUGGUGGAAGUAUCGCUGCUCAAAAAAACUGCGUUGCAUGUUUGUCAGAACCUUGAACUCCACCAAACUUAUAACGUUCACAGACAAAAGAUGUGACAAUUAAAGGGUCUUGACAAAAACGGCAUUGUUGCAACACAAAGGAAUGAUUUAAAGGGGACACUUUCACCCCCAUCCAUCUAUAUUUUGCCGCAGCAGGCUAAGUUAGAUGCUUAAGAGAUUCCUUCAAUUUUAUGACCCCAAUUCACUCUGUCACAUUUAAGAUGUCAUCAUUAAACCUAAUUAUUGAUCUGUUUUUUGUGUCUAGAUCUGUGUGAAAUAGACCAGCAACUCUGCGAGGACGAGAACUCUCUGCUGAGUUUCGAGGCGAUCUGCAGCAUCCACAAACAGAUGGACGACGACGCGGACGGGACGGUGGACAUGACUGAGACAGAUGAGGUGAGACAGACAAAGAGGCGUAAAUAUUAGAAAUACUUUGGCACAGAAAUUAGAGAACUUUUUUUUAACCUUAAAUGUUUAUUUUUCUCCCAGUUACUCAGAAAAAAAGGUUUCUGCAGGCUCGUGUUUUUAAAGUUUAUACUCUCUCUCAGUUUCUCAGGGAGGACCUGAAGUAUCACGACCCCAAAGCCAAACACAGCAGCUUCCACCAAGCCGACCUGCACAUCAGCGUGGAGGACAUGUGGAGAGCCUGGAAGAACUCUGAGGGUGAGAUGGGUUCACAGGGGAGAAACCGAUUUCUCAUGGUUUAAGUUUCCUCUAGGAUUAGAGCCAUGCAGGGAUCACACAUGUUUUACUGCUGUGGUGCCCCUGAAGGCCAAAUGCACACAGACAACUUUCACUGAACACAGUAUUACCUAACAAAACAAAAUAUUUCAUCAGACACAAAAUGUUAUUUAACCGUAUUACAUGCUGACAUAUUAAUCAUACUAUACAAUGACAUUUUUUAUCAUACUGAACUAAGAAUUUUUUAUCAUACUAUACUAUGAUUUUUUUAACAUACUAUACUAUGACAUAUAUUAUCACACAUUACAAUGAUUUUUUAUCAUACAACACUAGGACAUUUUUUAACUUACUAAACUAUGAUUUUUUUAAAAGACUAUACUAUGAUUCUUUUUAUCAUACUUUACUAUGACAUUUUUUAACAUACUAUACUAUGACAUUUUUUAUCAUACUUAACUAUGAUUUUUUUAAUAUAAAUUGACAUUUUUGGACAUUUUUUAUCAUACUAAACAAUAAUUUUUUAUCAUACUUUACUAUGAUUCUUUAUUAUACUAUACUAUGACAUUUUUUAACAUACUAAACUAUGACAUUUUUUAUCAUACUAAACUAUGAUUUUUUAUCAUACUAUACUUUUUCAUUUUUUAACAUACUAUACUAUGACAUUUUUUUAACAUACUAAACUAUGAUUUUUUUAUCAUACUAAACUUUGACAUUUUUUUUAUCAUACUAUACUUUGAGUUUUUAUAAUACUAAACUAUGAGUUUUUUUUAUCAUACUAUACUUUGAUUUUUUAUCACACUAUACUAUGAUUUUUUAUCAUACUAAACUAUGACAUCUUUUUAUCAUACUGUACUAUGAAAUUUUUUAUCAUAAUACACUAUGACAUUUUUUAUCAUACUUAACUAUGAUUUUUUUAACAUACUAAACAUUGAUUUUUUUUUAUCAUACUAUACUAUAACAUUUUUAAUUAAACUUAACUAGGAAUUUUUUUUAAUCAUACAAAACUAUGAUUUUUUUACCAUAGUAUACUAUGACAUUUUUUAUCAUACUAUACUAUGGAUUUUUUUAUCAUACUAUACUCUGACGUUUUUUAACAUACUAACUAUGAUUUUUUUUAUCAUACUACACCAUGACAUUUUUUUUAUCAUACUAUACUAUGAUUUUUUUCAUACUUACAUAUGAUUUUUUAUCAUACUUUACUAUGAUUCUUUAGCAUACUAUACUAUGACAUUUUUUAUCAUACUAUACUACAACAUUCUUUUAUCAUAGUAUAUAAUAAUUUUUUAUCAUACUAUACUAUGGUUUUUUUAUCACACUAUACUAUGGCAUUUUUUAUCAUACUGAACUUUAAUUUUUUAACAUACUAAACUGAUUUUUUUUAUCAUAGUAUACUAUGACAUUUUUCUCAUACUAUACUAUGACAUUUUUUAUCAUACUAAACUAUGAUUUUUUUAACAUACUAUACUAUGACAUUUUUUACUAUACUAUAACAUUUUUAUUACACUGUACUCUGACAUUUUUUUUAUCAUACUAUACUAUGAAAUUUUUUAUCAUACUUAACAACGAUUUUUUUAUAUCAUACUUUUCUAUGACCUUAUUAUGAUAUGAUUCAUUGACAUUUUGUAAUAUUAAACGGUCCACAGAGGUGACGGUAUGACACGGCUCGAGCCCGUUGGUGCCUCGUGGGACACUAGUUUUGUUUAUUUCGGUUUAUUUUGUUCAAUUUUGUUUAAUCUUGUUUAUUUUGGUUUCUCUGGGACUUGAGUGUGACCAAAACACACGUCAGGAACAAACUAUGACAAACUACGGCUGGAAUGUAAUCAUGUAUGAGUCUGCUUAGACUGAAGACUGUUUGUGUGUGUGUGUGUGUGUGUGUGUGUGUGUGUGUGUGUGUGUGUGUGUGUGUGUGUGUGUGUGUGUGUGUGUGUGUGUGUGUAGUGUAUAACUGGACCAUGCAGCAGGUGGAGGACUGGCUGGUCCUCAGUGUGGAACUCCCUCAGUACACAGAGACCUUCAAGAGACACCAGCUGGAUGGCAAGUCUUUACCGAGGUAAUUAUACAUGCACAUGUAAAAGUUUAUAACAUAUUACUAUUGUAGUUGUAGAAGUAAAAUUGCGAUUACAAAAAUAAAUCUGUUAAUUUAUAAGAAGAAAGUCAAGAUUUGAAUUUCUCGUUCAAUCAGGGUCUCGAUAUGAAAGAAAAUCUGUGCACUUUAUGUUCACCAAUACAUGGAGCUUCAUUUACAGGACAUUUGAUAUUUUUUAAAUUUAUUUUACUGUAACAGUUUCAUUUUAAGACAUUGAAAACAUAAUUUUAUCUGAAAUAUGGCAAAAAAAAGAAAUAUAAUAAUGUGCUUGCUUUAUUUGGUCUUUAAAAAGUCCUCCUCUCUGAUUAUCUCAGAUGUUUCAGAUUUCUAAUUUUCUCUGAACGCACCAUCUCCCUCUGUGUCUCUGACCCGGUCUGUUUGUGUUAUUCUCUUGUGUUCUGUUCCUUCUGUUUCCUGCAGGCUGGCGGUGAAGAACACCACGCUGACAGUGUCCGUGCUGAAGAUCUUAGACCGGAGUCACGCUCAGAAACUUCAGCUCAAAGCUCUGGACAUCGUCCUGUUUGGACCGCCGCCAGGUCAGAGGAAGUGUGUGCGUGUGUGUGUUUAACAGGGGUGUGUUUUUCGACAGAGGUUUCACAUGCUGGCUUCAUGGAUGUAUGAAACUAUAUGAAAAUAAUGCAUGGCUUUAAAUGGAAACAAAGAAUCUUAUUUAGCAUGAAAAGGAAAGAUGUCUAUGUGGACGUCAAGUUGUUUUAGUCAAAAAGAUGAGUUAAAAAAGUGCCCUGUGGGUGCUCUUCCAGUGGCUAAAUUAGGAAAAAUGGAUCCAAAAUGUAUAAAAGACCCCCUUGAUGCACUACCUGCAUAUGAAACAUAAAAAGUCACACAAUAAAAUACAAUUUUAUUCGUAGAGCACAUUUAAAAACAAUCAAGUUGACCGAAGAGCUUUAUAUAGACAUUAAAAAACAAACAAAAUCAACGUUCAGUGAAAUACAAGAGCAGACCACAUAAAAGCAAUUAAAAAGUAAUCAAUAAACAGACAAUAUGUGAUUAGGUUGUGUCAAAAGCCAAAGAAUAAAAGUGUGUUUUGAGACGUGAUUUACGAAUAGCUGGAGUUGGGGCUUGUUUCACAUGACGGGGGAGGGAGUUCCAUAGUCUGGGCCCAGCGACAGAAAAUGAAUUUCAAGGAGCAAUUUGUCUGCGGAUCUGAGGGACCGAGAGGGGACACAUGGCUUCAAAAGUUCAGUCAAAUAAAAAGGGGCAAGCCCAUGAAGCGCUUUAAAAACAUUAAGAUCUUAAAAUCAACUCUAAAAUGUAGUUAUAAUUUGAAAAUGUUCCCUGUGGUCGCUCUUCUGAUACAUGAAAUGUCUUUUUUCAGGCCGACAGAACCGAUGGAAGGACCUGGUUCUGGGCAUGUCUGUCCUGAUGGCGCUGGGCGGCUGCUGGUUUGCUUAUAUUCAGACCAGAAAGUCCAGAGAUGAUCUGGGGAAACUGAUGAAGGACCUGGAGGGUCUGCAAAAGGCUGAGGAGAGUCUGAUGGACCUGCAGGAGAAGUGAGCUAACACAGUUACACCUUCAUUUCAUGGCAUUUUAAUUAUUGAUUUACAACAUAAGAGUCCCCAAAACUGCAGUUCCUCCAGUGUCCACUAGAGGCUGUGUCCUGCAGUGAGUCAGUCCUCAUAGAGCCUCAUGUUAAACGUCACCUCUUUAUAUACUGUCCUCCAUUUUCCUUAAACCUAUCGAUUAUGUCACUGAUACUGAUUAAUAAAGUGAAUGAAAUGACCCGGCAGCUCCUCUGUGAUCGACCGCAUGUUUGAUUUCAGAGUAAACACUGAGGUUAGCAUGAGGCUAAAUUUAAACUGAAGGACAAACAGCUGCUGCUAGCUAACCUCACAAUCUGAUUACAACCUGAUUCCAUCUGUUUGUCCAACAAUUAAAAGUCAUUAACCUUCAAAACACAACUGAGCCACAACUACCAGAGGAAAUAACUCAUCUGCUGUCUGUGUGUGUGUGUUUGUGUGUGUGUGUGUGUGUGUGUGUUUGUGUGUGGGCAAACGGUCUCCGCAGAAGCUUUCAAUCUGAAGUCCUUAUAUGGGCAGGAACAGCCAGCAGUUCAGUCGGCACACACUCACACACAUAUCACAUACUGUAUAUAGGUGUGUGUGUGUGUGUGUGUGUGUGUGUGUGUGUGUGUGUGUGUGUGUGUGUGUGUGUGUGUGUGUGUGUGUGAGGGUGCGAGUGUGUCGUGUUGAAACUUGCUGUUUCAUACUUCGGUUUUUCUUUUCACUCUAUUUCCUGAAACUCUCUCUCUCUCUCUCUCUCUCUCUCUCUCUCUCUCUCUCUCUCUCUCUCUCUCUCUCUGCCAUGACUGCAGUCAGCACUGCUGUUACAGCUGAUAAUGCUGCUGGUUCUGGUUCUGGUACUGGUCUGGCCCAGGUCAGACUGAAACCUAAACUAAAUGAACUCUACUGCUUCCCUUCAGAAAACAAAUUUAAACAUUGACAAAUAUCUACCAACAAGGAUGAAGGCCACUGAAUACAUUUUUUUAAAUUUUAAAUUUUUUUCGUCUAACUUUUUUUCUCAGAAAAAAAUCUGAAUUCUGUUUCUAUCUAAAAAAUUUGUGCUACGUUCAAGUUACCUUGGAAGUCAGAAGUCGGAGUUGAAAAUGACAUCACACCCAAGUUACCAGCGUUACAGUUACCAAGUGUUACCAAGAUGGCUACAUCUACUAAAGAAAGACCUAGAUCUCAGAGGUUCUAGAAUCGAAGACAGAAUUCUGACUUUUCUAAAAACUCCAUGAGAGAGGUCUGAAUUCUGGGAUUACAUACAGAAUCGUGUUUUUGAUUUUAAAAUCAAAUUCAGAAUUUUGGAGGAAAAAACUGAAUGCUCAAUAAAAAUAAAAAUCCAGAGAUGAGAGUCAGGAUUUAAAAAAAAACUGGACACUGAGAUUGAAUAAAGAGUUCGGACUAUUUCAUAAUAACGACUUCUCACUCAGACUUUUAACUUUUCUUUUCUGUAAGUUCUGAAUUUAAUGCUAGAAUUCAGAGGGAAAAAACAGAAUUCUGACCCAACGUCACAAUUUUGAGAUAAAAUUCAGAAUCUUGAGAGAGAAAAAAUACAAUUCUGAAAUCAAAGAUAAUUUUGAAUUGAACAAAAUUCUGAUAUUUUUCCACAGAAUUUUUAAAAUCUAUGACAGAAUCAUGAGAAAAAAAAACUUGAAUUUCUAAAACAGAAUGCUGACCUUUUGAUAUUUUUCACAAAAUUCCAAAAGAAAAAUCUGAAUUUUUAGAGCAGAGAUAAAAUUUUAACUUUUUACCUAAAGUUUGACCUGUCAAAAGUGAGCAGCACUUCCUUUAAUGAUGACUAAACCAUUGUCUGUCGCUUCCCUCUCUGCAGAAUGUGGUACUGUGUGUGUGUGUGUGUGUGUGUGUGUGUGUGUGUGUGUGUGUGUGUGUGUGUGUGUGUGUGUGUGUGUGUCAGCAGAUGGACAGGAUUUAGUGACAGCAGAUAAGAAUCAAACAGGUGCUGAUGUACCGAGGAUAGGUCACAUAUUCUGUUACACACACUGACUACACACAAACACACACACACACACAUACGCAUUCCUUCAUGCUCUGACGCAAACAAUAACCCUCACCCAACCACCCCCACACACACAAAUCCUAAACAGCGCCUCCUGCUGGUAGUACAAGCACUCAAACUGACAAAUGACUCCAAUAGUAAAACGGUGUCAUUAUUACUGUAGCAGAAACUCAAUACGGUACCACGGUAAUACAAGCAGGUAAUAGCGGUACAAAUGUCAAUGUCAUGAUGCAGAUAAAUCCAGCAUUGUCAGAAAACUACUUUUAACAGCCCAUCAUACAUACAUCAACGCGUUUUUGUUGUUUCUGUCGCUGUUUUGUUGUUGAUUUCCAUCAGGCUGCAGAAAGCUCAGGAGGAGCAGCGCUGUGUUCAGGUGGAGAAGGUGAAGGUGGAGGAAGAGCUCAGGAGCGAGAUCAACUCAGCCAAACAGGAAGCUCAGCGUCUGAAAGAGCUCAGAGAGGGAACGGAGAACGAGAGGAGCCGACAGAAGUACGCUGAGGAGGAGCUGGAGCAGGUAGACACACCUGACUAAAGGAAGUGGAUGUAAAAAAUUUCUCUGGGUGGUCCUUACUCCUGAAAGUGAGCUCAUGUGUUUAUGUAUCUGUUUUGUGCGUGUGUGUGUGUGUGUUAAUUGCAGGUCCGCAUGGCGCUGAAGAAGGCGGAGCGGGAGCUGGAGACGCGAGCUCGUUUGGCUCCACCAGAGGCUCUACAGAAGUGGCUGCAGCUGACCCAUGAGGUGGAGGUUCAAUACUACAACGUCAAGAAGCAGAGCGCAGAGAGGCAGCUGCUGCAGGCCCGCGAGGGGGUGAGAACACACACUCCCAAAACACAUACACUCACACACCAAUGAUGAAGAUGGUGAUGAUGGCAGUGGGUGUGUUUCAGGCGGAGAAAAUCAAGAAGAAGAGGAGCUCUCUGUUUGGGACCUUUCACGUGGCUCACAGCUCCUCACUGGAUGACGUCGACCAUAAAAUCCUUUCUGCAAAGUGAGUGACUUUCAACAGGGGAUUGUUUAAGCUUUUUUGUGACAUGCACCUGAAAAUUUUCAAGGGAAAUUUUAGAAAAAUUCCAGGUACAAUUGAGGAAAAAUUCCAGGUUAAAUUGAUAAAAAAUUUCAGGGGAAAUUAAAAAGAAAUUCAGGAACAAUUAAGGUAAAUUUCAAGAGAAAUAAAGGGAAAAUUUAAGGUAAAAUUCAGGAAAAAUUAUUAAGGGGAAAUUCAAUGGAAUUUUAGGAAAAUUUUAGGUAAAGUCUAAGGAAAUUACAGGAAAAUUCAAGAUAGCUUUCAGGAAACUUAAAAGUAAAAUUAAGAAAAAUUCCGGGUAAAAUUCAGGAAAAUUUCAGGAGAAAUACAGGGAAAGUUUCAGGUAAAAUUCAGGAAAAAUUACAAGUAAAAUUCAGGGAAAAUUCAGAGAAAUUUUAGGGACAUUUCAGGUAAAAUUUAGAGAUAUUUCAAGAAAAUUCCAGGUAACAUUCAGUAAAAUUUAGGAAAAAUUCCAAGUAAAAUUCAGAAAAAUUUUAGGGGAAAUUCAGGAAAAAUUUUCGAGAAAAUUAAAAGGAAUUUCAAUGAAAAUUAAGGAAAAUUUCAGGGUAAAUUAAGGUAAAUAUAGGGAAAAUUUCAGGCAAAAUUCAGAAAAGUUUCAGGUAAAUUCCAGGGAAAAUUGAAAGAAAAUACCAAGUAAAAUUCAGGAAAAGUUCCAGGGAAAAUUGAGGAAAAUUUCAGGGAAAAUUUCAGGGAGAAUUCAGAGGCUCCAACCCAUAAUUAACCUGACUCUACCAUGCCGCCUUUUAGGUUUAAUAAAUUAAUAGAUGAAGCAGUUGUUUGAAAUGUUUCAGUGUAAAAACUGUUGAAAAGUGAAGAGUGAAGAUCAUAUUAUUGUUUGCAUUUAACUGCUGCUAUCUAGUGGUCAUUGUCAGGUACUUUCACAGUCUGUCAUGCUGCCGUGAAGCUCAGUCAGUAGCCACGUUUACAUGCAGACUUUUUUCUCAUUCAGAUUAUAAUCAUUCCGAUUGAAGCUCCCAGGCGAACUGUUUACAUGGAAGCGAUCUAUUCUGAUCUGGUGCUUACAUGUGCCACGGCAUUCAAUCGGAACAGCUAUUUACAGACACGUGAUACCUUCAAACAUCACGUGAUUGAUCAAAGAUGGAGGUCUUUCGUCUGUUAAGCAGAGUAGUAGCGAUUGUUUUUUCACUUUUAUUAAAGCAACAGCUUGCCACCAACGCGCUCUUACUGGACGCACUACAGUGGAGAAGACGUGAAGAAGAAGCCCUGCCACCCCUGCCUCGCAGAGUUUUUCGUGAACUUUUUUAAAUAGUUCAGCAUUUCGUGUUUUCCUACCGUCUAAGCGUGCGACAAUGUCUAGUUCUUUGAGAGUUUGUAUCAAAAACAAACUCUCCGACGCAGACCAGUGCAUCGUGCUCUGCUUGGAAGCCGCCAUCAUGUUUCCAUGUGAGUCAUACGUCACUGCUUGUUUACAUCAGGACAGAGCAUGCGCAGACAGAACCCAGCCUGACAACUUUCCGAUUCACCGUUUACAUGACAGGAUUUUGCUUUUAAUCGGAAUGGGAAAAGGAAAAUUCUACCCCUGUGAAUCGGAAUGAAAUUCCAUUCGGAAUGGGCCUGUUUAUUCCGAAUGAGGUGUUUAUAUGGAGCAUUUUCAUUCCGAUUGGGCUUCUAAUCCGAUUCGAAAUAUUUGGCUCCAUGUAAACGUAGCUAGUGAAGACGUUGGCACAGGAUUCAUGCUCCUUCAUACUGUCUGAUGUACUUCAGCUGUUAUGAUUUAUGUUAACACUCUACAAAGACCUUCAAUCAGAACAGUUAUGUCAAAUUUUAAACUGAGCAUCAGGAAAUAUUCCAGGUGACGUCAGGGUUUUGUCGGGUAAUUUGAGGAAAUUUUCAGGACCUUUGUUCAUGUAUGAAGGAGGUUUUCUUUAUCACAGACAGGCCCUGGCAGAGGUGACGGCAGCCCUACGGGAGAAGCUGCACCGCUGGCAGCAGAUCGAGUCCCUGACAGGUUUCUGUUUGGUCAACAACCCCGGUCUGGGAGCGCUGGCUGCCGCCCUCAACCUGGACCCGUCCUUCCUUGGCCUGAGACCUUCGACUCCUCAGCACCUCCUCCUGUCUGACGACCUGGAUGACAUGGAUGAGGACAUCCUGUCUCCUGGGACGCUGCAGUGUAAGUCCCCAAACAUCUGUUGGAAAGAAUCCAGGACUGUCAGCUCUGAUGAACUAUAAAUAUUUAAGGUGUCUGUAUUCAAAACAAUUCAUAUAGUCACAUAAAACUCCUCUUCUCUCCUCUCCUCUUUUCUCCUUGGCACCUCUCUCCUGAUUGGCUCUCUGCAGAUGCGGCGUGGCAGAUGGACCGGCGAGUGAGCGACCUGUGGCCCCUGAGCGGCAUUGCAGAAACCCAGUCGCCAUGGAAACACUCUGGUUGGUUCCUUCCUCCUUUAUCAAAAACCCCCACUUCCACUUGGUUCGUACCACUGAUGAAUCAUCAAAAAACAAUCAACAAUAUUCUGGAAUAAAACAACGACAAAUAUGGAGAUGCUGCUGAGAAUCUGCUUCGUCAGCUCAGGAGCGUCUUUUUCGGUUUCUUCCCCUCGCACAUUAAUGAUCUCUUAGUCGUCUAUAUUUGAACCUUAACUUCCUGUUUUCUGGUUUUCAAAGUAAAACACCUCACUUAAACUCCUCCCUGUCAUCUCUCUCCUGCAGCUCAGAGUCUGGGGCCCCUGCGACAGAGGAUAGGAGACCCUGCCGUCAUGUUUGGCUCUCAGAGGUUGGUUGAAGGACAGGAUUUACCAAAACAGGAAGAGUGUGGCCCGUUAACAUCACCCCGUCCUCUCAGCGGCCAACCUCGGCAGAAUCGCAGCCGCUCCAUUGGCCAGCUGGAGUUUCUUCCUGUGCCCUCCCCCUCCCUCUCCUCCUCCUUGUCCCACCCCUCCAUCGGCCCCACCUCUCCACUCCACCCCCCUGUCCUCUCCUUCUGCCCUCCCCCCACAGACUCUUCUUCUUCUUCGUACGCUGAAGGCUCCGCCCACUUCUCCGCUCUGCUUUUCCGCUCUUCUUACUUCCAUUCUUUCGGGGCGACAUCUAGCCUCCCACCUGCAGGGGGCGCUGCACCCAGCCAGAGACAGCGCUGUCGCUCAGGCAGUUUUGGGUAUCUUCCUCUGCAUGACGACUUUCUGCAGAUACUCACAAACUAACACAGGAGGACUGAAUCAGUUUGUCUCAGAGCUAAACAUUUAUAUACGGAGAUUUGAUCUAAUGUACAAAAAACUCCUUUUCAUGCUAAUCCUGCUGGACUUAAUCUGUGCCUAACUCUGUGCUGUUACCUAGUCCAAACGUUUCUGUCAUUUGGUGAAUACCAACAAGCUUCUGGGUCACCCAGAGUCGGAUCCAAAGUAGGGCUGGGCGAUAAAACGAUAAAAUGAUUAAGAUAUAUACCAUAUUUUUCGCACUAUAAGGCGCACUUAAAAUCCUUUUGGCUUGUCCGAGCGCUGCAGCUACCGUAGCCUCGCUGAGUUAUUGAAAGAGUUAAAUAAAGUUUGACUUAGCUGACUGUUUUGUUUGUCUUAAUGCGCUUUAUAAUCCGCGUUAUGUAUGAAAAGAGACGCGUUCAUUGAUGGUGCGUCUUAUAAUCAGGUGCGCCUUAUAGUGCAAAAAAUACAGUAUAUUGAAAAUUAAUUUCACUCAAUAUCAAUAUAAAACAUGGUCAAUAUCCUUUUUGAUAGUCAUAUUUUGGUAGACUAUACGAAUAGCCAAUGAAAAGGGGAGUUGUUCCGGGUCUGCUUUGCGCUGAACCAAUCAUGACGACAUCGUCGACAACACUGACACGAAAACGUCGACAGUGUGGAGGUAUUUUGUUUUUUUGAGGUCGGACAUGAAGCAGAGUAAUGUGCAAAUUAUGUCGAGUACAUGUUCUCGCAAAGUCGGGGAAUACCUCAAAUCUUUUUCACCACUUGAAGCAGCGCCACGCGGCAGAACACGCGCAACGCAAAAGGUUACAAACCCAGAGCGGAGCAAGGAGCUCAUGGCACCUGUGCAGCCGAAACAGCCGACCAGUCAAUCUGCUUCCCCUAGCGCAAUGCCCUACGACAAAACGUCAAAGAGACACAAAGACCUCAUAGAUGCAGUAACUUAUUGAAUUGCUAAAGACAUGCUACCAAUAAACACUGAUAAAUUGCAUUUUUUAUAUGGUGAAAUAUAUCGAUAUCGACAGAUAUGAAAAAAAUAUAUUGUGAUAAACUUUUUUUCCAUAUCGCCCAACCCUAACCUAAAGUAGUCUGAUAAAUUAGCUAGAGCCUAGAAAGUACGGCCUUUAUUGUUGCAGGUCGGUGGGGGGAGCUCUGAAUGCUUUGGCCUCACUUUUCUGAGCUGUUGUGCCAUCCUUUUUUUUACAGUGUAUUUAAAUCAUUCAGAAUAGCGACGUUAGUAUCCAUCUCCUCACUCCCCCUUUCUCCUUUACUCUCAGGGACAUCCUGAACCGCUCCGACUCUGACUCCGCCCUUCCUCUCUCCCACGAGGAAUCCCGAAGUCUCUACAGCUCCAAACCCUACCUCUUUUCUUCCAGGCUCCACCCCCUGCAUAGUCAGGGCUCUGGAGGAGGAGGAGGAGGAGGAGGAGGAGGAGGAGGCUUAGAGAAGAGCUCCAGUCUCGGGGAGCUUCGAGGGAGCUCUGCCGCCGUCAUCGGCCCCUCCUGCUCCACUCGCUCCCUCUGUAUCACGUCCAACACCACCGACAGCCCUGUCACCUUCGCAUCUUCCAACUCGUCCAGCUCAUCCGGUAGCGGUCGAGGGACGGUCCCACAGAUCCCGACCAGGAAGAGUCCUGUGGAGGAGUACGAGGGGGAGGAGAGUGAGUCGUCCACCAGCCGGAGGAGAAAUGCUUUUAAUAAGAUCUUUAAGAAGAAGCAGGGACGUCACUGAGCUGAUCUCAGACCUGCUGGGGACUCAUGUCUCACUGACUCACUCACGGGGAAUCUGUUCUUUUCUUUCUAUCCAUUUUUCUGUCAAACUUUUGGAUCCUCUGUGCUUUAAAACUCUUAAAGAGUCUGAUAUGGACUCCACUGGACAGAGGACACAACUUAGGACACAGCAGAGACGAGAACCAAAGAAGAAGUUUGUACGACUGUGGACAGAAAAGUAGAUAGAGUAGGUGUUUAAAAAACAGACUGAUAAGUUUGUCUUUUUUACAGAUAAAUACAAAUUAUGACAAAGAUCUGUGAAGAACAAAGAUUAUUUAUCAUCAUAUAGAUCUAGAGACAAGUUAAGGAAACUGAAAAAACAUUUAUUCUGCUCUGGUACAAUAAAAUGUGGUUCUUGGUCUCAGCGAGGAAGAGUUUUUAUUUGGUGGUACGACUCUGUUCUAAGAGCUCACACCUGAGUUUAUGCUCUCAGACAACAUUCAGGCAGCCAAUCAGUGCAACACCUCACUCUCAUAGAAGCCCCGCCCCCUAAAAAUCACUGCUGAGAGAAACUGAGAGGCUGCAGAUCAUCUUCAGAAACAUAGUCAGACCUCAAAAUCAGACUUUUCCAUGAAUCUGCUCAGCAUGAAGACGUCGCUGCGCCACAAACAUCCUCCUCUGGUCCACCUGUUGAAUAUUCUCACUGUUUGAUGCUCUCCUGAAGAGGAAAUAUAAAAUUUUAUUAUGAUUAUUAAAAAAUAUCUGCACAGUUUAAAGUCACUCACACACACUGAUAAACCAGCUGGUGUGUGUGUGCGUGUGUGUUUGUGUGUGUGUGUUUUCUUAAAAAACAUGUUCAGCUGGACAUGAAGUUUAAAUCCACUUAACUUCAUUUACUCUGAACAAAUGUCACAUUGUGUUUAUUAAUAGAAAGCAGCUGUCAGUUUGAGCUGCAGUGUGCGAACUCCAUUACCCAGAAUUCCCGUCACACGAUGUUGAUAUAACAAUGUUGGGUUUUUUUUAACUGUAGCGUCAGAACGAAACCAUGUGAAGAUGCCACCCUCUUUAUUUUCUUUCUUAUUUUGCAGCAGGAUGAAAAUCCAACAUGUGUUUUUAUUUAUAAAUAUGAACAGAGAAAUAAAUAAACUAUUGAAGGUGA